UUAUGAGGAGCUACGCCCUCUCCGGGUUCUGCCCCUUGGAUCUGGCAACACUCACAGCGCCCACAGUGUCGUCACUGAGGUCAGGUAAACGGAGCGAAAAUGGCGACCGCCUACGAAAGAUACAAUUUGCACACAACUCCAGAGAAGUUCUUCAUUGAAGCCUGUGAUGAGGGGGCUGAUGCUGUGCUGGCAAUUGACAGGGUUUCAAAUGAGAUGACCCUUACAGGUAAAAAGGAUGUCCCUCCCUCGGCAGUCACCAAGCCUAUAUGUGGCAUCAUGGGAACCAUUCGCCUGGUAGCAGGGAUGUACCUGAUCGUUAUCACCAGGAAGAGGAAUGUGGGCAGCCUCCUGGGCCACGCAGUGUGGAAGGCUGUGGAUUUUGACGUGAUCUCUUACAAGAAGACAGUGCUACACCUCUCCGAGAUCCAGUCUCAAGAGAAUAAGACCUUCCUGUCAAUGAUUAACAAUGUGCUGACUACAGACGGAUUCUACUUCUGCACUGACUACGACCUGACACACACUCUGCAACGGCUGGCCAACACUAGCCCCGACUUCCAGGAGAUGAGUCUACUGGAGAGGGCAGACCAGAGGUUUGUGUGGAACGGGAACCUGCUGAGAGAACUGGCUGCACAGCCAGAGCUUCAUAAGUUUGCACUUACUGUUGUCCAUGGAUUCAUUGUCAUGAAGCCAUGUCGUAUAAACGGGAAGAUCUUUGAGUGGAUCCUCAUAUCCAGAAGGAGCUGCUUCCGGGCCGGUGUCAGAUACUACGUAAGAGGUAUUGACUCUGAAGGCCAUGCUGCUAACUUCGUGGAGACAGAGCAAAUCGUUUUGUAUGAGGGAGCAAAGGCUUCGUUUGUACAGACACGAGGUUCCAUGCCCUUUUACUGGAGUCAGAGGCCAAACCUCAAAUACAAGCCUAAACCUAUCAUCAGCAAAGCCACCAAUCGCAUGGAUGGUUUCCAGAGGCAUUUUGAGUCUCAGCUCCUCAUCUACGGGAAGCAAACCAUUCUCAACCUGGUGAAUCAGAAGGGCUCAGAGAAGCCACUAGAACAGGCCUUUGCCAACAUGGUGUCAGUCAUGAACAAUGGUAUGCUCAAUUACAUCGCCUUCGACUUCCACAAAGAGUGCAGCCAUAUGCGGUGGGACCGUCUGCAGAUCUUGGUAGAAACUGUCACUGAGACACAGGAUGAAUACAGCUACUUCAUGGUGAGCUCAGAGGGGAAGACUGUGGCCCAGCAGAGAGGAGUCUUCCGCAGUAACUGCAUGGACUGCCUGGACCGGACCAAUGUCAUCCAGAGUCUGCUGGCCCGGCGCUCCCUACAGUCGCAGCUCCAGAGAAUGGGGGUUCUGAAUGUGGGCCAGCAAAUAGAAGAGCAGGCUGAGUUUGAAAAGAUCUACAAGAAUGCAUGGGCUGACAAUGCCAAUGCUUGUGCAGUUCAGUACGCAGGAACUGGAGCCUUGAAAACAGACUUCACAAGGACAGGGAAGAGGACGAGAUUGGGGCUGCUGAUGGAUGGCUGGAACUCCAUGAUCCGCUACUACAAAAACAACUUUUCUGAUGGAUUCAGACAGGAUUCCAUUGAUCUGUUUCUGGGUAACUUUGCUGUCGAUGAGUCAGAUGGACCCACUCCCCUUCGUGUGCAGAAGGACUGGAAGUUCCUCACGCUGCCCAUCAUUAUGCUGGUUGCAUUUUCCAUGUGCAUCGUGUGUCUUCUCAUGGCUGGUGACACAUGGACAGAAACGCUGGCAUAUGUGAUGUUCUGGGGGGCUGCUAGUGCCAUUACAGCCACUAGCAUUUUGUUUAAUGGCCAAGACUUUGUGGACGCCCCCAAACUGGUUCACAAGGAGAAGAUGGACUGAGCGACGGUGUGCGCUUGUGUGUAUAAGGAGCACCUGGGUCCAGCAGACUCAUAUACCUCGUCAUCGUCACCAUCUACUACCCCACGUCUGGUAUCUAGACCCAUUUGCUGCCUCCACACUGCCCUGCAGACUUUCUCAUCCGCAACUGUUUCUCUGUCAUUUCUCAACUGGUUAUCUUCAGUGGUACUGCACACACUCCUUUACAUGGUUUACAUUCCUCAUACUGUGUCUUUAGGUUGCUGCUUCUUUGGGGUUCACUUUGUUCCAUAGGGUCUAUGAUGGGAGUAAGCUAUCUGACUACUGCUCAUUUUGUAUUUGUUAACCAUUUUUAACAACAAUUUGUAGAAGAGGAUCAAGGCCAUGUGAAUAUUUUCACUUUUUAGUAAAAUGGUGAAAAUGGUCUGUAUUCAUACAGCGCUUUUCUGGUCUUGAUGAACACUCAAAGCGCUUUACAGCACAAGAAGAAUAAAAACACUUCUAUUCUGACUCUGAACUCAUAAUUGAGAUUAAACUCAACUAAGUUAUGAAACUAAAGUCAGUCCCAAAAUGUUUUCACACUGCCCUAAUCCUAUUUUCUAUUGCGCUUCAUUUCAUGGGUUUUAGUUAAAAGCCCUCCACACCCAUCCAGGCCUUUCAGUUAGUCUGGCGGAUCAAGCCUCCAGAUAAAAUGCUACAAUGUCGAUGUGGUGUUGAAAACCAAAUCCAAAAGAAUAAAUGAAAAUAAAAAUGAAAUAUGAAUGUUUAUUCAGAUAGCAACAUUAAGAAUACAGUUACAAGGAGUGUAAAUAUCAAAUCUAAAAUACAAACUGACUCCAUGUCAAAGGAUGGAAAAUCAAAACGGUUAAGAGGUUGGUAGUAACUCAGAGUUGGAUGUAAAUUGUUCAUUUUUAAAUGAUUGAUUAUUGUAGCUUUAAAGAUAUUCAACGUAAUUGAUUAUAUUCAUCACAACAGAUGAUUGUUCCCCUCAAUGUCAAUGGACCAUCAGACAUGUGGCACUUAAAAUGCACAUACAGAAAAAUAUAUGUUGUACCUCAUUAAUGAAUGGAGCAUAAUAACAGAGUAUGACGAUGAUGCUCUAACAUCUUGUUCUUAUUCUACCACGAACUGUGCUGCCUGCGGACAGCUCAAUGAUUUAUCCACUUGCAUGGAGAGUUAAUACACAGGAGUGUCUUGUUGUUGUUUUUAGCCAGGAUUCAGACGUCUACAUCUCAGCACACAUCAUCAAUUCGUUCAGUGAUUCAAAAAGGUCUUCUCACGUUUUUUCUUUGUUAAAAGUGGUUAAAGAAGCAAUUGAUCAUAUAGAACUUUGUUUGAAGAAUUCCAAAUUCUCUAUUUAGCUACUUAUCCAUAAAGAUUUCAGCAGAAAACGGUCAGAACAUAUUUGACAGUCAUGGAAGAGGUCGACAGACAUGCAGGUUGUGAUAAGUCCAGAGCUCGGUUCUAGUCACUUUUCCUUGAUUGGCUAGACAAACUUCCUUUGCUUUUAGAGACUGGUGCCACAGUUUUGAGGAUAACUGAAAAUGAAGUUACAUUGAUAAAAUAGUUUUAUAUAUGCUGUCUACCACAGUGUCUUUUUUAAAACUUAAUCACCAGGGGGGAGCUAGAGUCACAUCAUACACAUUGCAGCUUUAACUCUGAUUUUAUCCCAAGUUAUCAGGUGAAGCUCUGUGGUCAUCAGGACGCUCAAGUGGUGUUUUAGAAGAGAGCAGUCUAAGGUGAAAGGAAGAAGGCCUGCACAUAACGUUGUUGCUAUGACCACGGUUACAUGGCUUUAUAUUACAAGAUCCUUCAUUGUCUAGUCAUCCUUGUAAAGUUGUAGUAGUAUCACAUGAGCUGCUGUAUGUAGAGAGUGGUAGGUAAUUAUACUAAAGUCAGAGCAGAUUAGUUUAUCUUGAGAUAACGAUUUACAAUAAUUACUCUGAGUUCUCAGACAUAAAAACCUAGAAGUUAGCAUUCAGGGUCAGGCCUCCAUAUUCAACCACGUUUUCCUGUCAUUCAGUUUCCUGUUUCAUCACAGAUGUCUGGUUUGACUCUCCAAUUUAGUUUAUCACGUGGAGCUCCUGUCUUCUAUCACUGCCUUACACCUGCUGCUCAGUGCAGGCGACGCAGACAUUUAAACCUUUCAUAUUAUCAAGAUGUGGAUGGGCUUUGAAACCGCCCCCUCCGCUGUUGACAGGUUUACUAUCUCCUCGGUCUGUGUGUGAUCCACAUACAAGCUGUGUGUGUUGAAUCAACUCAAACAUUCACAUACAUCAGACAAAGUCAAGGAGGUUUAUUUUGGUAAUCUUAUAUGAAAUCAUUUGUAUACAAUGACCCACUUUGCUUACUAUGGUUUUCAUUAUAAUGUACUUGUUUGUUUAGUUGUUGUGGGCCUUGAAUUAGGAUUUAUUUCUAUAAAAAAAUUUUGCCAAACUACUUUUCACAAGCUCCAGAAUGAAAGUUCAGUAUCAUAUGCAUAUCUCAGUGCAGGAGAAAUCUGUCUCAAGGACAUGUCCUUGAAAUAUUUGUACAAUUAAAAUGAGAUUUGUAUUACAACUGAUGUAUUGGUUCAAGACUUGGGCAGUCAGCACCUUAUUGUCAAAUUGGAAUUGUACCCUAAAAUGAUUAUACUGAGAAAACAUCACCAUGUGCAGCUGCAGAUGUAGCCUGAAUGUCACACAGUGAGACACUUCACUGUGGUUUUCUCUUGGAUGUGAUGAUUCUAUCUCUACUUAUGUUUUACAUCUAAACCUGAAUCAGUAAUUGAUCAUUUAGAGGCAGGCCUUUAUUUUGUUUCCAAAUUUACAGUUUGUGUUACAAGUUUGUUAAUGAGGUCACAACCCUGUGCAUGACGGCUGAUGAUAUUUUUAUAUCUGCAGGUUGAUCAUUGUCACGUAUUACAAACACUUGGGUUAUAUAGGUAUAAAUGUAUCAACUUAACAGUAAACAAUAUUUAAAAAAUCUUCCGAAGUAUUUGAAGCGAGAAUCAGUUGUUUAGUUUGCUGUGGAACAUGUAAAUGAUUUUGUGUUUCUCCUUAGCACUUUUCAAUGCCCUCUUUCCAGAGGCUUACUUCAACCAGUUGUUUCUGUGAUUGUCAAUAAACUUCAGUUAAUAC